CACACAAUGGCUGAGCUCCACCCAAUUUCCACAUUUACCCUCCUCCUCCUCACUACCCUCCUGUCCUCUUUCGUCAUUUCCCACUCCCAACCCCUCCUCCUCAGCUCCGCCGAGCAGGACUCCGUCUACCGCGUCCUCGACUCCGUCAACCCCGACGUCCCCUGGCGCAAACUCUUCCCCGACGACCUCUGCUCCAACGGCCCCCACGGCGUCGUCUGCGACUUCUUCACCGCGAACGAUACCGAUCCCGACGUCGUCUCCGUCCACGUCUCCGAGCUCAGCUUCGGCUACGUCUCCGACUUCACCCCCAACCCGCCCUGCUCCUCCUCCGCCGUCCUCAGCCCUCUCCUCUUCACUUCCUUCCCUUUCCUCCGCAAGCUCUUCUUCUACCGCUGCUUCAACCAAACCGCCGUCGUUAACGUCCCGGAUAUUCCGGCGAGCUUUGCUCCGAGUCUGGAGGAGCUCGUCUUCAUCGACAACCCCUCUCUCGUUUCACCCCUCAGUGGCGUUUUACGUAAUUUCACCAACUUACGAAGGGCGGUUCUGACCGGGAACGGAUUCUACGGCAGUGUACCGGACGCCGUCGCCGACAUGGUCAACCUGGAGGAGCUGACUCUCGCCAGAAACAAACUCGGAGGCGAAGUUCCGGUGAGUUUCGAGAAGCUGAAGAAGCUGAAGGUUCUCGACCUCGGUGGAAACUCCUUCGCCGGAAAAGCGCCGGAGUCGGUGGGGGAGCUCCCGGAGCUGCUGAAGCUUGACCUGAGCUCGAAUGCUUUCACCGGUGAAAUUCCGGCUAGCCUGGGAAACUUGCGGAGGCUGGAGCUUCUGGACCUGAGCUACAACCGGUUCAACAGCUCCGGCGUGCCGGUGUUUCUGUCGGAGAUGACGGAGCUCAAAAUGGUGUCGUUGUGUGGGAACAAGCUGGGAGGGCAGAUUCCGGAGAUAUGGAGCAAGCUGGGGGGCAUUUUGGGAAUUGGGCUGUCUGGGAUGGGACUGGUUGGGGAAAUCCCAGGUUCAAUGGGGGUGUAUUUGAGAAAUGUGAGAUACUUGGGGCUUGAUAAUAACAACCUGGAAGGGACAGUGCCUCAGGAGUUUGGGUUAUUGGAAUCUGUGAAUGAGAUUAACUUGGAGAACAAUAGCUUGAGUGGGAGGGUCUCAUUUUCUGCAGCUAAAUUUGGGCAUAGGAUGAAGUUGUAUGGGAACCCAGAGCUUUGUGUUGAUGAUGAGGGUUUAAGGUCUGGGAAGGGUUUAGGGUUUGGGGAGUUGAAGGUGUGCAGCACAGAGCAGAGACCCAAUGCUGCCCAUUUCACUGUUCAUGCUUCUUCUUCUUCUUCAGCAGUGCAGGCUGUUGCUCCAUCCAUGGUCAUUGUUUUUCUCAUGAUUAUUAUUAUGCUUAUGGUUAAUUAGGAUUAGAGAGAGAGAGAGAGAGAGUUUAGAAGUUUCAGGAUUAGGAAGAUUAAUUAGUAGGGCUUAUAACAGAGAAAGGAACAGGGUUUAUAGUCUUGACUGCUAGAAAUGAGUUUUGGGAAUUUUGGGUAUGAAUGG